AAACACAAACUUCUGCCAACUUAGACCAUGUUAGUGUCUCUGUGCUGGAGACUGAAUUCAGGCUUUUAUGUGGAGGACAGAUAGAGGGACAUUAAGGUAAAUAGAGGGACAUUAGGACAGACAGAGGGUCAGUGGGGGCAGGUAGUGAGGCAGUGUUGGCAGAUAUAGAGGCGGUGAGGCAGACAGAAGAGCAGUAGGACCAGACAGAGGGGUAUUGAGGGAACAAACAGGGUCAAUGGUGCUGGAUAGAAGCACACAGGAAUCCAUACUGAGUGAUCACACCGAGUGGCUGUAGAAUAAAGAUCAGAUGGAGCUGUAGAGCAGGAGCAGCUGACGUGGCACUUUUCUGCUCUAACACAAACUCCUGCUGAGUGAUGAAAGUUCUGGAUCCUCUGAACAGGCCCUGCUGAGGUUCCUAUGAUGUCACCGAACGGCUCCAUCCCCCCCAUCCACGUACCUCCAGGAUACAUCUCACAGGUGUUGGAGGAUAAUACUGGAGUGAGGAGAGUGGUGGUGACCCCCCAGUCUCCAGAGUGUUACCCCCCCAGUUAUUCCCCUGCUCUCUCCCCCACCCACCAUUUACCCCCAUACAUGGCCCACCCCCACUUCAUCCCCAACUCACACACAGCCUUCUAUCCACCCCUCAGCCCGGGGGACCUGAACCCCCACCAGUUCUACCAGCACCACCUCCCACCCAUCUACAGCGACGAGAUAAUCCCCCUCUACGGUAUGAACUACGCGAGCCGUGAGGAGCCGUAUAAGCCCCAGCCGAAGAAGAUGAAGGACCGUCUGGAGCGACAGAACAGUCUGAACAGCGCCCCCUCUGGCUAUAAGAACAACAUCAGCUCCAACAGCGUCUACAACGGCUACGGGAAGGGUCAGGGAGGAGGGGGAUCAAGCCCCGGGGCCAAGAAGACCACCAGGGGCCCCCGGAGCAGCCCCAGGGGCCAGGAGCCUGAACAGCAGGAUCAAGAUACAGAGGUGAAGAAGUUUCAGGAUAUUUUGUCAGGAAUUGAAAAGCCCCAGGUGUGCAGCGUGCAGGCUCGGACAGCCAGGUUAAGGUGGACGCCCCCUGCCGGCCUCCAGAACAGAGACAGGCUCAGUAACGGUCACCCGUACACCUGCACCUAUGAGGUCACGUUAUCAGACAAAGGCCGCGACGGCAAGUUCCGCCUCAUCUACAGUGGUGAGGAGCUGGAGUGCACGCUGAAGGAUCUCAGACCCGCUACAGAUUACCACGUACGAGUGAACGCAGUGUGUAAUACGUUUAAAGGCUCAUGUUCAGAGGUUGGAACUUUUACAACACACAGCAGCAGCCCAGACUGUCCUUCACCCCCGAAACUCACCCACCGCACCAAAAACUCCCUCACACUGCAGUGGAAGCCUCCUGUCGACAACGGAUCGAAGAUCACCAGCUACCUUUUAGAGUGGGACGAGGGCAAAAAGAACAACGUUUUCCGAGAAUGUUACUUUGGGAGCCAAAGGCACUACAAGCUGACGCGACUGUGUCCAGCCAUGGCGUAUACAUUCAGAGUAGCAGCGAGGAACGACAUCGGGACCAGCUCCUUCAGCCCGGAGGUGGUGUUCUGUACGAGCGGUUCUCUGCCUCAUCUGCCCGGCGUUCCUCGGCUGGUUCGUGCUGGAGUGAGCUGGAUCAUGCUGGAGUGGAGCCGGCCGGACGGCUGCAGCGCCGAGGAGCCCCUCACUUACACGCUGGAGAUCCAGGAGGACAGCAACGGAGCUGAGUUCCACCCGAAGUACACUGGAGACAGCCUGAGCUGUACUGUAGAGGGCCUGAAGAGGAGCUCACAGUACAAAUUCAGACUGAUAGCCUCCAGUAUAGAGGGCAGGACUGGACCCAGUGAGGUUCUGGUCUGUACAACAAGUCCAGAUAAACCAGGACCUCCAUCCAGCCCGAGCGUUCAGGAACCAAUCACACCUUACAGCUUCACCGUUACCUGGGACCCUCCACAAGACAACGGGGGAUCAGAAAUCCUGACUUACCUCCUGGAGAUUUCAGAAGGAGACGCUGAUGCCAAUCAGUGGGACGUAGCGUACAGCGGACCAGCUACCCAGUGUGUAUGUGACCGCUUAAAGCCUGGAACUUCAUACAGACUCCGCCUCUGCUGCAUCAGCACGGGGGGGCACAGCCAGUGUUCUGAGAGUGUUCCUGUGUGCACCCUGAGCGUGCCUCCAGGCCCCUGCCAGCCUCCGAGGAUUGUGGGUAAAGCCAAACAUAAGGAAGUGCACUUACAGUGGGACUGUCCCUCCUCUGAAGGUAGCUGUGGUGUGCUACAGUACAGUGUGGAGAUGUCUGAGGGUGAGCUGGACUCUGCUGUAGUUUACUGCGGCUCUGAGCUGGACUGUACGGUCAGCAGUCUGCUCCCCGGCGCCACCUACAGCUUCCGCCUGCGCGCUGCCAACGAGGCAGGGUACGGACCCUAUUCAGAACCCACAGAAGUGACCACAGCAGCAGGUCCUCCAGGCCAGUGUGGGGCGCCAUCCCUCACUCUCACUUCCAAUACGUGUGUGAUGGUCAGCUGGGAGAACCCAGAGAGUUCGGGUGCUGAUAUCUCAGAGUUCCGUCUAGAAUGGAGUCGGGAUCAGGAGCCGAUGGAGCUGAUCUACUGCGGAACGGACACACAGUGUGAAAUCUCCAACCUAACGCCGGCCACACUUUACUGCUGCAGACUACAGGCGGUUAAUCAGGCCGGGGUUGGUCCGUACACUGAGCUGGUCAGUGUGCAGACUGGGGCCGCGGUGCCGGACGUGGUCUCAGCUGUGGCCGUGCUGGAUUACGACCCCUCGGUCAGCGGUCAGUACGCUCCCUCCACCUGCCUGGCGCUGAAGUGGGACGAGCCCUGCAGUAACGGAGCUGAGAUCAGCUCGUACAGACUCACAGUGGGGGAGGAGGUCAUUCAGCUGGACGCCUCCACCUGCCACCUGCUGCAGCACCUGCAGCCCGACACUCAGUACAGUGUGCAGAUCCAGGCAGUGAACGCGGUUGGUUCCGGUCCGUUAUGCCCUCCACUGCUGGCCCGGACUAAACCCCUGCCCCCAACACCCCCCCGCCUGGAGUGCAGUGCCGCUGGACCCCAGAGCCUCAAACUGAAGUGGGGAGACACCAACGGCACCAAGAUCCAGCUGGGAGACGAGAUACUGUACAACCUGCAGAUGGAGGACAAGAACAACAGGUUCGUAACGAUCUACAGAGGCCCAAGCCACACGUAUAAGGUCCAGCGGCUGGUGGAGUCCAGCAACUACAACUUCAGGAUCCAGGCCGUCAGCGACGCUGGAGAAGGACCUUUCUCUGACACACACACUUUCAGUACCAUCAGAUCUGUUCCACCUGCUCUCAAAGCCCCCAGAGUGGUUCAGCUGGAGAGUAACAUGUGUGAAGUCACCUGGGAGAGCAUUCCACCAAUGAGAGGAGACCCAGUCAGCUACCUGCUCCAGGUGCUGAUUGGAAGAGAGUCUGAUUAUAAACAGGUCUAUAAAGGUGACUCUACAGUGUUCCAGAUCUCUGGUCUUCAGUCUAAUACAGAUUACCGUUUCCGUGUUGCCGUGUGUCGGCGGUGUGUGGACAGCACUCAGGAGUUGUGCGGACCCCUGAGCCCCCCCACGCCCUUUACACUCCGGCGGGUGGAGCUACCGGUCCCCAGGGACACGCCCACUGUCCGGACGGGCAAAGCAGCAGGCCUCGCUGGCACGGACGAGCGAGUCGCCGCCCUGCUGGUGGGAGCGUUCAGCGCACUGUCCUUCAUCAUCGCCUUCAUGGUGGAAUAUUUAUUCAUGAAGUGAGCCGGGGAGUGGCGGGGUGGGUGUGGGGGGUCGGGGUGGGAACGAGACAAAAUCCACACAGCAGAUGAUACGCGUCUUACAUUACUGUCCGAAUACGUUCAGUUCAGGGACACUUAACAGCUUUUCAGAAUCGCUUAAGUCAAAAUGAGUGAGUUUUUUUCUUUACCGGUUUGCAGUAACUUAACAAAUGAACCCAGUAAACUCUAUUAAAGGAGUAUCUCCCCUUAUUUUCAAAAAAAUAACUUUGAAAAGUAUUAAAAACUUAAAAAUUAAGCAAAAAAAAAAUAUAUAAAAUAAAAAAAACAAUGCAUAGCAGAUGAAACUGCUGCACAGUUUUAAUUUAUGCCAUUAGGAAUGAAACUGUUCAUAUUGAGAUGGACAUUUUGUGACUGUUCCUGAUUUCAAGCAGCUAAAAAUUCCCAAAAUGAUAAAAUCACUGAUAUUGUUUUGGUCAGAAGUGGUCAGGCUGCAGUAGCUUUAGUGAAACAGAGCUUUACUGACUCAUACAACUGAUACAUGAAACACAGCCUUAAAUUAUACACACUGCAGCUCUGGGGGCGGAGCUUCACUGAUUUCUAUAGGGGGGUUUGAAUUUAUUUGUCCAGAUUUUUUUGUCUACAGAAAAUUUGUUUCUCAUGCUGGAGUUUAGGUUUGGAUAUAUUUCACAUCUGUUGUUUAGAGUCACCCGAUCAAUCUGUAUUACUUGUUUUGGUCCCACUUUAUAUUGUGUCUCUAAUAACUGUGUAAUUACACAUGAAUAACAUAUGCAACAACACUAACUACUGAUUUAGUCACGGUUACAGAUGGAUUACAGAAGUACAGCCUAUGUAAUUACACAUGUGUAUCAACCUCAGUUUUGCCUCAUGUAUUUACGCAACUGUAUCUUCUACACAGGAACUUUCCUGUAGUGUAGUGUUAAAGUUACACUUCAAAAUAAGUGGACAGUUCCUGUGUAGUUAUUAUGUAGGUACUGUGUAAUAAUGGAGUGGUAAUAUAGACACUGCUUUGGUGGUAAUGCAACACAUUUAAUUAAUGUCAUUAAAAUUACAUGUUAAGAUAAGGGGACAUCUGCUGUACUGUCACAUUACAGAAUGGUUUAAAGCUGAAAAUGGUUACAGUAUCACAGCAGUAGCAACAUAAAUGCUGGCUAAAAGUCAGGAAAGCUGGCAGAUACAGUGUAAGUAAUGUCUUAAUGUACAUUAUUACAUACUUCCUUUUACUGCUGGAAAAAACAUCUAAAAAAACUGCUGUUCCAGUCUGAUUACUGAUGUGUUAUUACCCUUGUGUAACUACUUGAGAGAGAAUAGUCUGUUGCCGCUAUCAAGAUAUACUUGUGUAAUUACACGAGGCAAAACUGAAGUUGAUACACGUGUGUAAUUACAUAAGAUGUACUUAUGUAAUCCAUCUUUAACAGUGACUAAAUCAUUAGUAGUUACAUUGUUAUUGCAUAUGUUGUUCACAUGUAACUACACAGUUAUUAGAGACACAGUAUGAAGUGGGACCCUUGUUUUUAUUAAUAUUGGUGCUUCAUUGGUGGUGUUUUCACUACUUUCAGUUAAUUAGCUUGUGUUUAUUGUGCGUUAUGAAGGUCACAAUUUUUUACACGUCGUCACCGACUUUAGUGACCACAUACUGUACCGGUCAGGCUCUGGGUUACAUAAAGAACAUACGUGCAGCAGUUUUAGCUAAUAAAGGAACAUUUUUGAAAAAUGUACAGUAUAUUUUAACAAUUACUGUCACAAAUAUUUACGUGUGAUGACGUUUUCUCCUAAAUAAACCGAUUAGGCUGUAACAUUUUACUGCAGGGCUGUGUUCGUAACGCCACAGUGCCUACACACUUAAAAAAGUUCUUCAAGGGUUCUUUAGUGGAAGCAGUGGUUCUUUUAGAACCAUGAGUUGUGUAUAAACCAUUUGCGUGCUUAAAUGGUUCUUCAGAUUAAUGGAGAACGUGUUGUUUAUUGUUUUGUUCGGCGCUAAAAUGGGUUUUGCUAUUGUUACAAGCUUAACAUCCUAACAGCAGAACCCUUUUGGUGCUAUAUAGAACCACAUACGACACAUUCUUCAUCAAUCUGAAGAACACUUUCACCAUGCAAAGAACCUCUGAAGCAUGAAAUGGUUCUAUAUAGAACUCAUGGGACCCUUGAAGAACAUAAACGUUUAUUAACACUUAUUACAGCAGCCAUCGUCUGUCGUAAGGUUGUGUUUGAUUGUCUAUAUCAGGUGACAUUGGAAUGUCAUGACACUUUCUGGGGUGAAAUGAGAUGUAAUCACUGUUAUAAGCACUAGGGGCAUAACUUAGUGAUACAAUAUGUGUUGCUGUUUUUCAGCAUCACCUGACAGGUUUAUAAAACCCUUAUAAAUGUUUAUUAUCACUGUCCAGAGAAAAACAAGUACCUCCAAAGUAGUAGCUUAACAGCUCAAAAACGUUCUUUCCUUACAGUGUAAGUCAAUGUAAAGAGAUUUUUUUAGAAGCAGUUUUGGAGCAUUUCUGUUGGUCCAAUCAUCGUGAAGGAGCUGCUGAGCUCAAAUCUUGCAAAAAAUUAAAAAUCCCAAGAAAAUGGAAAUACUUGUCUUCUUUUUUGGAAUGGGACGUUAUGUAGGUCAGUGUCGGUCAUCAUAAUCUCGUGUAGCCCUGUGAACACUGACUGUAACUGGCUUUAAAACUAGAAAAGCUGAGAUGGACCAUUUUCAAAUUCUGAGACGCGACAAUGUAGAUAAAGUGACUCCUACUAAAUUAGUCCUGACGUCAAUAUGAGAUCAAUAUUACAUUAUUUUUCUCUGCCAUUCCAGCGAGUCUGUUUUAGCAGUGCUCAUCCAGUCGUCUUCUUGAAAAUAUCUGUCGGAUAGUUUGCAGUGCAGUCCAGAGUAUAACAAACAGCAGCAGCUCAGUGGAAUUGAUUGGAUAUUAAAACCAAAUCAGGUUCAGUCCAAACCUCUGGCUGUAAAUAUGGUGAACAGGGCGCCGUACCUGGAGGGCGAACGCCUGAGCAGCGACACUGAGAGAGGGCGGAGCUGAAGAUGGUGGAGCUCCAUGUGAUGAAGGUAGUUUCUAGUGGAAGAGUUGAACAUUAGCGAUAUUAUAUUCAAACCACGUACGGCUACACUGUGCGCACGACUCUGAUGCGCCGCUGAUGUAUUGUUGAUGCUUUAUAAACACAUUUAUAAGGCAUUAUAUGGCAUACA